AUGUUGGCUAUUCAUUUUAACAACAGUUUGUCGCUACAAGACCAAUACUCUCUAGCCUCAAAGGCAAGAACGAAGCUAAUGAGAUGUGCCAAGGACGCUCAAAAGGCUAACAAAGAGUACAACCUGCGUGUGCUAGUCGGCCACGCUAACCUGCUGGACAGAAUAACAGAAAAUGUCGAACGCAUGAAUCUUAUAAAGCGUCAGCAACAAAAUGUAGCCGAUGACUUGCAACUCUCAAAGCAAAACUCCAAUGUCGUUGAGGGUUACACUCAUGCUGGAGAGGUCUCCGCUCAGAAUAAGACAUCGACCAGUGAUUACUACUAUUACAGUUCUGAAUCCGAGUCUGAGUCCGAGUCUGACUCUGAGUCUGAGUCUGACUACGAAAGCGAAACAGAGGCACAAGGUGACUUCACUUUCAAAGUUGACGAGAGCAUAGAUUGCAAAGAAAACACAGAAGUGGUCGACUCUGAAGUUUCUGUCGCUGAAGAAUGUAACUACGUUGUUGGUGCUGGCGCUCAUUAUGCUGGUCAUAAUGACUCAUCAAACAAGCAUUUUACUACUAUUUGGGAAGAACCAAGCGAAGGUGAUAACACAACCGAAGAGAAGACAGAAAUUUGCCUUAGCAGCAGUAUAACUAGUACUGGAAACGAUUGUGAUGAAAAGGCAAAGGAUUAUAAAGAAACCACAGAUGUAUGCUCAGGUAGUGACUCUGAUGAGCACUCUUUAAAUAGUCCUCUCGACGAUAACGAUGCUUUCGAAUCUUACGAUGAUAUUUGUAAAUCUAGUAACGACUAUGGUGUACAUUAUCAUAAAAACCAUGAUAAUUAUUUUAAUAUUCCACAACAUAAGACACUAGUAUGA